AUGCCUGACUCUUCCCUUAACCCGAACGAUCCCUCAUCUGCUGAACAACCCGCUCAGUCUGACGUGUCGAGCCGCAUAGAAGGCACCUUACCUCCAGGUUCAUUCCUGAGUCCCAGCGGAGGUUCGGUCAACCCCUGUUCUCAUGGCACGAUCUUCAAAUUCCCCGACGAUCUGCACCGGUACCAAGAUCCCUAUUUGCGAUCACUACAAGAACGAUCUCCACUUUGGGGCCCAAAGUCUGCUGGCGGUACGGCCGAAACGCAAGCUCACAGAGAGGAACCGUCAGGUGGACCUGAGGUAUCCAUUGCUCCAACUUCCGCCAGCGUCUCCGCUCAUACAGACCUCCCGGCAGGCUCGGAGCUCCUUCAACCCUCGACUCGCCUUCCUGGUUCCCAGAUAAACGGCUCUAUGGUCACAGCCGGAACGGCGAGCGUUCCUGGGGAACUCUCGACUCGGCAAGGUGAUAGCCUCACGACAGGCUCCAUAGUCACCACAGCGCCUACUCAAGGUGAAGGAUCUGCUGGCAGGACGACACGGAAGGCGGGGUCCAAAUGGGUUAGGGAACAUUCGAAGAACGGGCUUUGGGAGUGGACGUUCGUCCCGAAGCGCAAGGGAGACAAGACCAGUUAUCCCACGGACUCAGAUGCUCCCACUCUCCAGCGGCGGAUUCGAAACCACGUACUCGUCCUGGAUGGACAAGCCCCUAAUUGGAGAGAAGGAGAUUUGUCGAUCUUCCUUAACCAGGUCACACGGAUGGAAAAGGCUGCGAAGCUUGCGCGAUCAGACGAGGUGAAAACGCAGGAAGAUUUCGAGCUGAUCUUCCUCGUUGACAUGGGUCGGUGGGUCUACGACAAGCUGGACUGGCAUCUAGAGCGGAUGGCGCAACAGCGUGACAGCGAGAACGAGAGCCUGAAUUGGCUUCGAGAAGUAUCAAUUCACUUCCUUGCCAUCGCUAAAGCGGAAUCCCAGCUGCUUCUCUCUACCGGUGGCCAAGAGGACUGGCGUCUCACUUCGAUUGGCAAAGCGAAGGGGUUGUUGUCCGGCAUGGCAGAGGAAAAGAGGGACCACUUUUGA